AUGGAGAGGUCCCCCUCUCCGGGGGAGAAGGCGCGGAGGCGGCGGGAGGAGCGGGAGCGGGAUAGCCUUGAGCGGAGCGGAUCCGAGGGGGAGGGGGAUGGGCGGAGAGGGGGGGCGUUUGGGGGCGGAAGGGAAGGGGAGGAGGUGGGAACGCGGGGGGGAUGGGGGAGGGGGGGAGGGGGGUUGGAAGGCGACGCGUCUCGUGAUGCUGGGGGCGGGUAUUACGGUGGUAGUGGGGUGUAUGGCGGGUAUGGUGGGGCGUAUGGUGGUGGUGGUGCAGGGGGUGCGGCAGGAGGGGAUGUGGAUAUGGCAGCUGCUGAUGCAUCACUGGGUGGUUACGGUGAUGCCAGUGCUGCUGAUGCUGCUGCUGGUGGCGGUCCUUCUGUGCUGCCCCCUAUGCCGCCUCUGCCGCCGCCUCCCCCGCCCCCCAUUGACCCCGAGGCGGAAAUGAGGAUGAUGCAGAUGAUGGGCAUUCCCAUGGACUUCAACACCACCAAGGGCAAGGAGGUGAAGGGAGCCAAUCAGCUGAGCGCUGUGAAGCUGUCCACUAAGAGGCAGCCACGUCAGUACAUGAACAGAAGAGGCUUUCUGCCACGCGCGCUGGCUGAGUGGACACUCCGCUUUCCCCAUAGCAACGUGGCGGUUCCCGCUUUUCCCCGCGCGCAGUUCCUUCCUGUCUGCGCAUUGAGUGGCACCACCGAGAGGCCACGCCUCGCAGUGUUCCGCUCCAACAACCACAUCUACGCCCAGGUGGUUGACGACACCAAGCAGCACACUCUCGCCGCCGCGUCCACCCUCACACCCGCCCUCCGCGAGGAGCUGAAGCUCACGUCCGGCCCCACUGUGGAGGCAUCACGGCGUGUGGGGCAGGAGAUUGCUAAGAUCUGCUUGGAGAGGGGAAUCAGCAAGGUGGCCUUUGACCGUGGGGGUUUCGUGUACCACGGCCGCAUCCAGGCUCUUGCGGACGGUGCUCGGACUAUUUUCGCCUACGGUCAAACGAGCAGCGGCAAGACGUUCACCAUGAGAGGCGUGCCUGCGUGCGAAGGCGUCAUCCCGCUCUCCGUCCGUCAGGUCUUCGACACCAUCUCGCAGACAAUGAACCGGGAGUUUCUCCUUCGAGUUUCGUACCUCGAGAUUUACAACGAGGAGAUCAACGACCUGCUGGCUCCCGACAACCGGAGGCUUCAGAUUCACGAGAGCUCGGAGAGAGGCGUCUUUGUGGCUGGGCUGCACGAGGAGAUCGUCAUGUGCCCGGACCAAGUGCUUCAGCUGCUCAGCGUUGGCGAAACGAAUCGGUCCAUUGGAGAGACGAAGAUGAACGAGAAGAGUAGUCGCUCCCACGCCAUCUUCCGUAUGGUGCUUGAAAGCAGGGAGAUCCCAGAGGAGGGGGCUACAGAGGCUGAAAGUCCUGUUCUCGUCUCCAGUCUGGUGAGCGCCACUCGAGGGGUGGUGAGCGCCACUCGAGGGGUGGUGAGCGCCACUCGAGGGGUGGUGAGCGCCACUCGAGGGGUGAACCUGGUUGACCUUGCCGGGUCAGAAAGGGUGGCGAAGACGGGUGCGGAAGGGUCGCGGCUGAAGGAAGGCGCGCACAUCAACAAGAGCCUAAUGACGCUGGGGACGGUGAUCAACAAGCUCAGCGAAGGCGCGGAUAGGAACGGGGCGCACAUCCCGUACAGAGACAGCAAGCUGACGCGCAUCCUACAGCCAGCGCUGGGUGGCAACACCAAGACGGCCAUCAUCUGCUGCGCCACCCCCGCUCUGAGGCAUGAGGACGAGACGCAUGGCACUCUCCGAUUCGCCCUCAGAGCGAAGUGCAUCACCAAUUGCGCCAAAGUUAACGAGAUCGUCACCAACAACGUGCUCCUUAAGAGGCAGGCAAAGGAGAUUGAGGACCUGCGGCGCAAGCUGGAAGCAUCCCACUCGCCUGAGAUGGAGCAGGAAAUCAUGAAGCUGCGCAACGCCAUGCUCAAGAUGGAGUCGGAGAAGGAGGUGAUAGCGCUGCAGCUGCAGGAGGAGCGGGCGGCGCACUCACAGAAGGAGCAGCGCAUCAAGGAGCAGGAGAGGAAGAUUGAGAACCUCAGCACGCUCGUUAUCAAGGCGGCUGCAGGGGACAGGCAGAACGACAGGCGGCCCAAAAAGGGCAAUCGCAGGGAGUCGUGGUGUCCCAACGCACGAGUGGAGAGCAGCCCAGCCAGAAUCAAGGUUACUAUAGUAUGUCUUGCUUCUCUCCUGUGCAGUCGCUGGCACCUCUUAAACGCCUUGCUUCACUGCUCCCCACUGGCGUGGCGUGUUCCUCUGCAGGAGAACCAGCCUGGGGGAAUCAAGCGCCUGGCAUUCAUGCGCCGUGCCAUGGCCUUCAAAGAAGAUGAUGAGGAAGAGGAGGACGAGAAGGAAGAGAAAGAUGAGAAGGAUGAGAAGCCAGUUAAGGUUCAGGAGGUGAAUGGGGCUGCGAGGAAGAGGAGGAUCAGCAGCGUGCAGAAGCUGGCAGCUCUGUGGGAGACGAGUGGGCCCAAGGAGGUGAAGAACGAGGAGGAGGAAUCUGAAGGGUUUCAGGACGGCCAGGUGUUUCAAAACGAAGGGCGGUUUGGGUCUGGGGUCGCCCAGGAUGAGAGUGCCCGUGAUGGUUCAAAGAAGAGGCGGGCUGCGCCGUUCUUUGGAGCUAAGGAGGAGAACUCUUCUGAGGUGUCUUCGCCUGUUGCAAAGAAACUAGCAGAAAAGGACGCGCUUAUAGCGCAGCUGCAAGCACAGGUAGCCGCCAUGCAGGUCAACGCAGGCGGAGGAGGAGGAGGCACAGGAAGAAGCGCAGAAGGCGGAGUGAGUGUUGCAAACUCAGAAGUAGGAGCAGGCCCUGGUGCAGAGACGGGGAGGGAGGCGGGAGAGGGAGGGGAUGAGAAGGAUCAGGAGGCGUCGGGUGCAGGGUCGGGCCAGGAAAGACGGUCAAAGAGCAUGGGCACCCCUGCUGUGCUGGCGCAUGGGCUUCAGGCUAAGGUGGCAGCUCUUGAAAUGGAGAAGGCGUGCAUGCAGAGGGAGCUGGACUAUCUUCAGGAGGAGCUGGAGGAUUGCAAACGGCAGCUAGAGGAGGCACAAGCAGCUGCCAAGGCAGACACUCCCCGCUGCGACAACUGCAGCGCACUGAAGGAAGCACUGGAAUCAGCCAACUCUCAGUUAUACGAAACAGAGCAUCUGCUACAGGAAGCCACUGCCGAAGCAGCUCAAGCAAGAUGCGGGCCAGCAGGAGCAGCAGGUCAGCUGUUGGAGAAGCAGAGGGAGCUGGAGGCAGCAGUGUGGGAGGCGUCUCAGUUGAAACGGCGAGUAGAGGAGCUAGAAGCGAAUGUGAUUGCAGUGGAAGGGGUGCUGCUGGAGGUGAGCGGGGAGAAGGACAGCUUGGAGGAGGAGGUGGGUCGGCUUAAAUCACUGCUGACGGAAGGGAGGGCGGGGGCUGGUGGGGAUGACGCGGCUGGGAAGGAAUGUGAUGUGAGGGGAGUGGAGGAGAUGGAGAGGUUGAGGGAGGUGGUGGAGCAGAGGGAGAGGGAGCUGACGUCCCUCCAUGACGCUGUGAGGAGGCUGCAGGCGGAUGUUGCUCAGGCUCUUGGGGAUCCUGCCCCUGCCCCUGCCCUUGACACAGUGAACCACGGUAGCAGUAUGGAGCCUGGUGCAGGUGCUGGGAAGGCGGUGGUGGGGGAGAUGAGAGACCUGUGCGCGGCUGUUGGGCGGGUGAUCUCGUCCUUAGCUGCUGCCAGGAGUAAGUCAGAGGAUUUGAGUCUGCAGCUGAAGCAGGUGCGGGAGAGGGAGACGGAGGGCGAAAGGAAGCUGGCAGAGGCUCAAGCUGCAGCAGCUGAGAGCGCCAGGAAGCUGGCUCAUGCUCAGUUGGAGAGGAAGGGAGGAGAGGAGGAGGCAGCGGUGGUAAGCAGGCUGCAAGCGGAGUUGGAAGAAGCCGGGAGGGAGUUAGAAAGGGCGGUGGCAGCCCGGGAUACGGUGGAGUUGAACCUGUUGACUGCCAGACGAGAGGCAGAUGCAAGGGCUGCGGAGAGUGCGAGGCAGAUGGGGGUGUUUGAGGAGAAGAUAAGGGUGUUGGAAGGGGAGGUUGAGCGGGAGAGGGAGGAGAGGAGGACGUGGGAGGAGAGGGCGGAGGAGAGAGAGGGAGAGGUGCGGAGAGCGGCAGGGGAGAAGAGGGAGGCGGAGGAGAGGCUGGAGGGAGUGAGAAGGGAGGUGGAGGAGAUGAGUGCGAGGGUGGGGGAGAAGGAGAGGGAGCUGGCUGCUGUGCAGGAGGAGCUGAAGCUGGUGCUGAAAGAGAAGGACUCAGCAAGCCAGAGGGCGGACCAAGUGGCAGCAGAUCUGGAAGCAGCAAGGGCCUCAGCAACCGAGGCUCAGCUGCAGCUCGAGGUAUGCAAACAGCAGCACGCAGAGGAGCUGGCUGAGGCUCGCAAGGAGCUACUCGCAACCAAGAAGGAGAUGAGCUCCCUCAAGGGCAAGCCAGGAGCAGCCGAGCGCGAGCGGGACCAGCUGAGAAAAGAAGCAGAGAAGCGGAAAACCAAGAUGCUGGACCUAGAGGCGAAGCUGAAGGCGGUUCAGGCGGAGAAACUGAAUCUGCAGGUGGAUAAGGCGACCCUGGAGCGAGAGGUGAAGAGCCUGCGGAACCAGAGCAACCAGCUGGCGCGGGAUCUGAGCAAGCGGGAGCAGGUGGAGGAUAAGCGGCGCGAGGUGCAGGCAAAGGCUGUGCAGGCGGACAGGCAGCUGGCGGCGAUGGCGUCGGAAAUUGAGGAGAAAUACAGGGCAAUCGUGGACCUGCAGGAAGCACUCGAAGGUGCAGAGGGCGAGAGGGACGAGCUGAGGCUGAGGGUGGCGGCAGCGGCGGAGGAGAGCGAGCAGCUGCAGGCAGAGGUGGAUGCGGGGCAGGCGGACCUGCAGGAGGUGCUGGCGGACUUUGAGACGGCCACCACGCAGAUCAAGGCCCUGCAGGAGAUUCGCCAGGAGCUGGUACGUGCAUAUGGGGGCCGAUGGUGGCUGCAGAAGGUCCAGCAGGAACCAGUGUCGCGGUCAACUCUACUAACCGUCUCCUUCCUUGACUGUGCGCAGACGGAGCAGGUGGAGGAACUGGAGAGGGGCAAGGCGGAGGCAGAGGCAGCUGGGAAGGAGGCAGAGGGGAAGAUUGUGGCGCUGCAGGCGAGGAUUCAGCUGGCAGAGGAGGAGAAGCGACAGCUGGAGGCAGACAUUGCUGCUGCAAGAAAGGAGCACUCUGAGCUAGCCGCACAGCACAAGGAGGCAGUGCAGGACCUAGAGAAGGAGAAGGCGAGAGUGGCCAAUCUGGAGGGCGAUCUCAGAGCGGAGAGAGCCAAGAGCGAGCGCCUUGGAAAGCAGGCGGACGAGGUGGUGGCGAUGGAGAGCAAGCUGAACGCAGCGAAUGAGAGGAUAGCGGGGCUGCAGAGGCAGGUGCAGGAGCGGGAGGAGCAGGUGGAGCAUCUCAAGCAAGAGAGAAAGGAGGCGGAGGAGGAGGCGCGUGCAGAGGGGGAAGGAGCUGCCCUGGCUGUGAAGAGGGAGCUGGCGUCGCUGCAGAACAAGUACAGUGCUCAAAAGAGUGUGUGGCGCAAGGCCUUUGCAGAGAAGAAGGAACGGGUCGAGAAUCUCACGCUGGCAGAGGCGGAGAAGCAGCGGGAUGAGCUGCUCAACAACCUUCUUGCAGAGGCGGUAAAUCAGAGGGAUGAGCUGCAGCAGGUGCUGGAUUCGAAAGAGGAGACGUGGGAGGAGAGAGACGAGAAGGAGAAGCAGCGGGACUAG